AUGGAAGUUGCUGCUGUAGUGGCCAUUGCAUUGAGCAAUGGUGAUAAUGAUCCUCCCGAUUGGCCAGAUUUUGUCGGCAUCGUUUUUCUACUUCUACUCAACGCCACAAUCGGUUAUAUUGAAAAAUAUCGAGCAGGUAAUGCUGUAGCAGCACUAAUGGCUUCAUUAACUCCUGAAUGCCAGGUAAAACGUAAUAAUGAAACAUGGUCAAUUAUUCAAGCAAGUGAACUCGUUCCAGGUGAUAUCAUCGCAAUUAAAUUAGGAAAUGCUAUACCAGCCGAUGCUCGGAUUACCUCGUCCCCAGGUGGAAAAAUCUCUUUAGAUCAAGCAGCACUCACAGGUGAAUCAUUGCCUGUAUCAAAAACAAUCGGUGAUGAAAUUCUUUCCUCAACAAUUUGCAAACAGGGCGAAUGUGAAGCGAUAAUUAUUGCAACCGGGCCAAAUACUCAAUUUGGGCGUGCAGCGAAAAUUGUUGGUAGCGCUCGAGAUGAAAUGGGACAUUUACAAAAGAUCUUGGCAAAGAUUGGCAAUUUUUGCCUGAUUGCCAUUGCUACUUUCAUUGUCAUUGAAAUUUUGGUCAUGUAUGCUGGAUUUCAUUACGAUUAUCGACGAGGAAUCAACAAUAUCUUGGUUUUGCUUAUUGGAGGAUUGCCCAUUGCUAUUGAAACAAACCUUUGGAGUCAUAUUUUGUCUUACUUUCUGUUCCCAUUUGUCUUAUCAGGUGUUCGAGUCAAAAUGAUUACUGGUGAUCAGUUAGAAAUUGCAAAGGAGACGGGACGCCGUUUGGGUAUGGGUGAUACAAUGUAUGUGUACGAAGAUUUGAUCAGAUCUCAAGCAGAACAUGGAUCAAAAAACGGCAACCCGAAAAUCGAUGACAUUGUGUUCAGUGCUGAUGGAUUUGCCAGCGUUUUUCCUGAGCACAAAUUUGAAAUUGUGAAACGACUCCAGGAUAUGGGUCAUAUGGUAGCUAUGACUGGUGAUGGAGUCAAUGAUGCUCCAGCUCUGGCAAAGGCCAACGUCGGUGUGGCCGUUUCAGAUGCAUGCGAUGCCGCUCGAUCAGCUGCUGCAAUUGUUCUUACGGAACCUGGUCUUUCCGUCAUUAUUGAUGCCAUACUUGGCUCUCGACAAAUCUUUGCACGUAUGACAAGCUAUGCUGUUUACACUUGUUCAAUUACAAUUCGAGUAAUUGUCGCUUUCGCAUUGCUCAUCUUCAUUUUCGAAUAUGAUUUUCCUCCAUUCAUGAUUCUGAUCAUGGCCAUUCUGAACGAUGGAACAAUUAUGACCAUUUCCAAAGACCAUGUUCAACCGUCCCCAAAACCAAACAAAUGGUUCUUGAAACGCAUUUUCAUAUCAGCAGUCAUCUACGGCCUUUAUUUGGCUGCAUCAACACUGGCUUUUUUUGCAAUUGCCACGGAAACGAGUUUUUUCCAAGAUCAUUUCGGUGUCAAUGUGCUUGAGUAUACUAGCAAUGAGGGCAAUAUAAACGAUAAUUUGAAUUCAAUAAUCUACCUGCAAAUGUCAACGAUCAGUCAAGCAUUGAUAUUCAUCACUCGAUCUCAUGGCUUCUUUUUUACUGAAAGGCCAACUCUGCUUCUAGUUGCUGCCUUUGUAAUUACACAAUUAAGUGCCACACUCAUUGCUGUGUAUGCCAAUUGGGGAUUUACCGAUAUUCGUGGCUGUGGAUGGAGUUGGGCAGGUAAUAAUGUAUAUUCAUCAUCAAACUACAUUUUUCAAUUAAAUUUAAAAUAA